AUGGCCAACCCACCGCAUGGAGGAGUCCUGAAGGAUCUCCUCGCCCGAGAUGCUCCUCGUCAUGAUCAGCUGGCCGCCGAAGCUGACAGGUUGCCUGCCCUCACCCUCAAUGAACGCCAGUUGUGCGAUCUCGAGCUCAUUCUCAAUGGAGGCUUCUCUCCGCUGGAAGGGUUCAUGAACCAGCAAGAUUAUAAUGGCGUGGUGGAGAACCUGCGUCUCGCCAGCGGACUGCUGUUCAGCAUGCCCAUCUGCCUUGAUGUGUCUGGCGAGGUCAUUGAGCGUCUCAGCAUCAAGCCUGGCGCCCGGAUCACCCUUCGGGACUUCCGAGACGACCGUAAUCUGGCGAUCUUGACCGUGGACGAUGUCUACCAACCGGACAAGCAAAAGGAGGCACAAGAAGUCUUUGGGGGAGACCCGGAGCACCCGGCCAUCGUUUAUCUUAUGAACAGCACCAAAGAAUACUACAUUGGCGGAAAGAUUGAGGCCGUCAACCGCCUGAACCACUACGAUUAUGUUGCUCUGCGCUACACCCCCGCCGAGCUGCGUUUACAUUUUGAGAAGUUGGGAUGGUCGCGUGUGGUGGCUUUCCAGACCAGAAACCCGAUGCACCGGGCCCAUCGUGAGCUGACCGUGCGUGCUGCUCGCGCGCGCCAGGCCAACGUCCUCAUUCACCCCGUGGUCGGUCUCACCAAGCCGGGUGAUAUCGACCAUUUCACUCGUGUCCGUGUCUAUGAAGCGCUCAUGCCCCGGUAUCCUAACGGGAUGGCCGUGCUAGGGCUGCUCGGUCUGGCAAUGCGUAUGGGUGGCCCCCGCGAGGCCAUCUGGCAUGCCAUCAUCCGCAAGAACCAUGGUGCCACUCAUUUCAUUAUUGGACGAGACCACGCCGGUCCGGGCAAAAACAGUGCCGGAAAGGACUUUUAUGGUCCGUAUGAUGCCCAGCACGCGGUCGAGAAGUACCGUCAGGAGUUGGGUAUCGAGGUCGUGGAGUUCCAGAUGAUGACCUAUCUCCCGGAUACCGACGAAUACAGACCCAAGGACGAGGUCCCGGCGGGAGUCAAGACUUUGGACAUCUCGGGAACGGAACUGCGAAGACGCCUCAAGGUGGGCGCACCUAUCCCGGAGUGGUUCUCCUAUCCCGAAGUCGUCAAGGUGCUGCGGGAGUCGCAUCCUCCGCGUGCCAAACAAGGGUUCACCAUUUUCCUUACCGGCUAUCAGAACUCUGGCAAGGACGCCAUUGCACGAGCAUUGCAGGUGACCUUCAACGAACAAGGAAGUCGUCCAGUCUCUUUGCUGUUGGGCGAAACCGUCCGCCAUGAGCUGUCCUCCGAGCUCGGUUUCACCCGAGAGGAUCGGGAUAUCAACAUUGCCCGUAUCGCCUUUGUCGCUAGCGAGCUGACCAAGGCCGGUGCGGCCGUCAUUGCUGCGCCGAUUGCACCCUUUGACGCGGCGCGCAAAGAUGCCCGCAAGACAGUGCAGCAAUACGGCAGCUUCUUCCUGGUCCACGUUGCAACCCCGCUAGAAUACUGCGAAAAGACGGAUAAGCGAGGCGUGUAUGCCCGAGCCAGGAGAAACUCCAUUCAGAACUUCACCGGUGUCAAUGAUCCGUACGAGACUCCUGACGAUGCCGACCUGACGGUUGACUGCGAGAAGCAAUCCGUUCGGAGUAUUGUGCAUGAAAUUGUGUUGAUGCUUGAGUCGCAAGGGUUUUUGGGUAGCGUGUAG